AUGUCUAACAUGCAAACCGUUCGUGUUACAGAAAAUGCAUUUUUAGAUUUUCAAUUAUUAAUAGUGGCAGAUCAAGAUUAUCAUUCUCACGUAACUUGUCCCAUUACGACGAUGGCUUUUCAGGGACUGUGUCCAUCAAUUCCAAAUCAGACUUCGCUCACGCCAUUCCUAAUUUGGAUUAUUUAUCAAUUCAUUGAGAUUUCAAUGAUCCUCUCGACAGAUUCACCAUAUAUCUAUUGUCGCUCCUACCUUAUGAUGUUGAUUCGAUGGAAUCAUGGUGUCUUUCUUUAUAGAAAGUUUGUUUCCGGUGUGUUCACUAACUGCCGGUGUAAUUUCCGGAUAUCAACCGGUGAAUGUCCUCUUACCCAAUGGAAUGGACGUUUUACAUGGGUUUUUGAUCCAGGAAUCGAUGGAGGAAUCAAUCUACUUGAUGAAAUCGAAAUCGGAGAUCGGAUUAGAUUUCUUUGGAUGUUAACUAUGUCUGAUGAUGGUGAUGCUUUCUCAUUACCCUGGUUGGAAUAUUUCAUUUCGUCAAAUGAUUAUAUGGGUUGUGGAGUAUAUGGUUCUAAAUUUAUGGUGGCAACUUUCAUUGAGGAUGAUGAUGACACGAGCGUGAUGGGAAGAAAAAAGGCGGCGAAUGACUGUGAUAGAGAUGUUAUCUCUUUCCCUUGGUCAAAAAAUUUUACUUCUAUGCAAAGGGAAAUCGUGAUCACAAAGUGGCAACAAUGGGCAAGGCAAUUUCAGCAUAUCGUAUUGAGCUUCAAAAGACAAGAGUAUGAAUCAUUUCAAGCAACAUUUCUAUUUUUUCUUUUAACUAGAGUAAUGCGAAAAACAUUUUGGAGUUUCAUCUAUAAGGUGAUAGCCAAUUACAAGUAUCCUAUAAGGCUUAUGGCAAGCAUGAUCAAUCCACUCCUUCACCGAAAUUAAGUUUAAUUUCCUUUCUUUGUAUCAAUCGUUGUAUAUGAAUGGUUCAUGUAUAAUUUAAACUCUUUAUGA